CCCAACAACAACCACAACAACCACAACAGCUGCCCCAACAACAACCACAACAACUGCCCCAACAACAACAACCACAACAACUGCCCCAACAACAACAACCACAACAGCUGCCCCAACAACAACUACAGCGGCCCCAACAACAACCACAACAACCACAACAGCUGCCCCAACAACAACAACAACAACCACAACAACUGCCCCAACAACAACAACCACAACUGCCCCAACAACAACCACAACAACUGCCCCAACAACAACAACUACAACUGCUGCACCAACAACUACAACUGCAACCCCAACAACAACCACAACAACUGCAGUCCCAACAACAACUACUACUGCUGCACCAACAACAACCACAACAGCAGCCCCAACAACCACAACAGCUGCCCCAACAACAACCACAACAACUGCCCCAACAACAACUACAGCGGCCCCAACAUCAACCACAACAACUACAACCACAACAACCACAACAGCUGCCCCAACAACAACUACAGCUGCCCCAACAACGAACACAACAGCGGCCGCAACCACAACAACCACAACAGCUGCCCCAACAACCACAACAGCUGCCGCAACAACAACAACAGCUGCCCCAACAACGACCACAACAACUGCCCCAACAACCACAACAGCUGCCCCAACAACCACAACAGCUGCCCCAACAACAACCACAACAGCUGCCCCAACAAAAACUACAGCGGCCCCAACAACAACCACAACAACCACAACAGCUGCCGCAACAACAACCACAACAACUGCCCCAACAACAACAACCACAACAACUGCCCCAACAACAACAACCACAACAGCUGCCCCAACAACAACUACAGCGGCCCCAACAACAACCACAACAACCACAACAGCUGCCCCAACAACAACAACAUCAACUGCAGCCCCAACAACAACUACAGCUGCCCCAACAACGACCACAACAGCGGCCCCAACAACAACAACCACAACAGCUGCCCCAACAACCACAACAGCUGCCGCAACAACAACAACAGCUGCCCCAACAACAACAACCACAACAGCUGCCCCAACAACUACCACAACAACCACAACAACAACAACCACAACAACCACAACAGCUGCCCCAACAACAACCACAACAACUGCCCCAACAACAACAAC